CCCGGCCCGCGGCCCCGCGGUGACGCUGAGAACCGCGACGAGUCGUGUCUGGGACCCGGUUUUUCCAAACCGCCUGCUCCAUCCGAAGAGCGGUCAGCUCCAUGGCGCGGUUCCUGAGGCUUUGCACUUGGCUGCUGGCGCUCGGCCCCGGGCUCCUGGCGACCGUGCGGGCGGAAUGCAGCCAGGACUGCGCGACGUGCAGCUACCGCUUGGUGCGCCCCGGGGACAUCAACUUCCUGGCUUGCACACUGGAGUGUGAAGGGCAGCUGCCCUCUCUGAGAAUCUGGGAAACCUGCAAGGAUCUCCUGCAGGCCACCAAGCCCGAGCUUCCUCAGGACACCGCCAGCUCGCUUCGCGAAGGCGGCCGGCCAGACGACGGCCACUGGCUGGCCAAAAAGUACGGCGGCUUCAUGAAAAGGUAUGGAGGCUUCAUGAAGAAAACGGAUGAGCUUUAUCCCGGGGAGCCGGAAGACGAGGCCAACGCCGGCGAGACCUUCGGCAAGAGGUACGGGGGCUUCAUGAAGAAGGGUGCGGAUGAGGAGGAGACCCUGGCCAAUUCCUCGGACCUCCUGAGAGAGCUGCUGGCCACAGGGGACAACCGCGAAGGUGGCCACCAGCAGGAGGGCAGCGAGCGGGAGGAAGAGGUGAGCAAGAGGUACGGGGGCUUCAUGCGAGGCGUCAAGAGAAGCCCCCAGCUGGAAGACGAAGCCAGAGAGCUGCAGAAGCGCUACGGCGGCUUCAUGCGCAGGGUGGGCCGCCCAGAGUGGUGGAUGGACUACCAGAAGCGCUACGGUGGCUUUCUCAAGCGCUUUGCCGAGGCCCUGCCCUCCGACGAAGAAGGCGACGGUUACUCCAAAGAGGUCCCUGAGAUGGAAAAGCGAUACGGAGGAUUUAUGCGAUUUUAAUACCCUCCCCCAUCAGUGACCCCCGACCCCCAGCCUCCUCCCUCUGUCCCGCAGUGGGAAACCGCCUCGUGGAUGGUGUUGUGUCACGUGUGGCUUGCACCCUGUGGUCGCCUUGGUGGUCUGGCUACCUCUGCAGCCUGAAAGCCGUGGAUUCAGGUUCCGUGUUCUUUUCAGCGUCUCCAAGCUCAUUGUUUGUUCUAUGGCAGUUCUCUCGUUUUCAUGCUAAAGUACUUUGUUCCUGUGGCCCUUGUUUUCGACAGAACCUCGGCAAAUGCUUACUUGUAUAUAGACAUAAUAAA